AUGCUCGCAGAGAACAAGGCGUCGGAGCUGCAGCGCAGACAACUACAGAAGCCAGUGCCGGGGGUGCCCCGCUGCAAAAGCGCGGCGCCGACGCGAAGCAACCAGCGCGAACUUGUCACACGCACGCGCGCCUUUGAACCCUUCGCGCCUCGGACGCUGACGAUCGACGAGCUCCAGCAUGCGUUGGAAGAGAUUGUGCAGGCCACGGACGCCGCGAGCGUGCGGGCCAAAGGUCUUUGCGGCUACGAGCUCGGGCCUGUCAUUGGCUCUGGGACCUUUGGCAAGGUCCGAUUGGCGACGCACAAGGCGUCCAACCAAGUCGUCGCGAUCAAGUCAUACGAGCGCAGCCGUGCCCGGGACGCGCACCAGUGGAAGCGCAUUCAGUACGAGGCCCGUGUGAUGGAGCGCCUCGAUCACCCGUGCAUCAUUCGGCUCUUUGAAGCGAUUGAAGAUCCGUCGACUUUGCACUUGGUCAUGGAACACGUGACGAGCGACGUGACCAAUUUGUGCGAGUACGUCAAGCAGCAGCGCCGACUGAAAGAAGCUGACGCGGGCCCGCUCUUUGCCCAAGUGCUCUCGGCGCUCGUGUACAUGCACGACCGGCACUGGGUGCACCGCGACGUCAAGCUCGAGAACGUUCUUUUGGACAAGCACGGGCUUGUCAAGCUCGUCGACUUUGGCUUCUCGGCGCUUCAGACCGCCAAACCAUUCCAGACGUUUUGCGGCACGCCUUGUUACAUGGCGCCCGAGAUCGUCCAGCGCAAGAGCUACUGGGGCCCGCCGGUUGACGUCUGGAGCCUCGGCAUCCUCCUCUAUGCAAUGCUCUCGGGCUUUUUCCCGUUCCGCGCGCGCAACUACAACGACUUGUACCGCAAAAUUCUCCGCGGCGCGUACGAGAUGCCGUCGACGCUGAGCGCCGAUGCCCAAGAGCUGCUUCGGGGAAUGCUCGACGCCGAUCCGACCAAGCGUCUCACGAUCAUGGACGUUCGCGCGCACCCGUGGGUGCGUCGGUUUGCGUCGCCAAUGCAGCGUCCGUCCGCGCCGUUGUACCGACAGAUCAGCCUCGGCACGCUGCCUCCAGCGCUCUCCAAAGAGCUGCGCACAAGCGUGCUGGACGCAAUAUCGGCGCUGGGGCUCUCGCGCCACGACGCAGAGGCGGCACUGCGCGAGAAGCGCCACAACAGCCUCUCGACGCUCUACUACUUGCUGCUCAAGCGCGCCGAGUCGCUCUGCUAUGUGCGCGAGGCGCCGCCGCUGGUCCAGUCACGCCCAAUGACGUCGCCGGAGGGCCAGCACAGUCUCGCAACGCAGCGUGUGCUUAUCGAGAGCCUCCAGGAGAGCGACGACGAAACGGAGAUCAACGAUAUGGACCGGACGCCGUCGUCUCUUGUGCCAAGUUCGCCCCCCGAGUGCGACGAAGGGCUCGCGAACGACGACGACAUGCGCGACGUCUUGGCCAUUCUCAAGCAGACCGAGCUGCAUCGCCGAUAA